UUGCUGAGAGCUAGGCUGGAAGGCUCACUUGUCUUGAGACACGAGAGAAAGCACAAUGUUUUCGUCCUGUCUCAGGACUACUCGAGAAGGAGGCUCAGACCUCAGUAAAGAUGAACUUGGAGGCCGUGGUGAAGUCCGUGGUAGUGCCUGGAGACUCCAGGCACGCUCCUGGUUCCACCGCAUCUGGCCAUUUGGACGGAGAGAAACAAACUUGAGCCAGGAUAGCCAGGGCAGCCAGGGCAGCCAGGGCAGCCAGGGCAGCCAGCGCAGCCAGGGCAGCCAGGGAAUCCAGGGCAGCCAGGGCAGCCAGGCCAGCCAGGCCAGCCAGGGCAGCCAGGUCCAGGACGACACAGACCAGGUCGGACAGGAGUCUGCCCCUGCAGUCCUGAAUGAGUCCCCUAGAAUGCCCCACUAUGGUCCUCUGGAAGAGCUGAUGGCUUUCUUAGUGAUGUCCAUUCAGGGUGGAGACUCCUUCUUUGCCCUUGUCUUCCUCUACAUACAAGAAAGGCUUCUCACCACCCAGCAGGUGCUGGACCUGCUGUUCAGUCGAUACACAUCGUUCCGCCCCGACUGUGACGAGGAUGAACAAGUAAAGAACACCAUCUGUUCCCUCCUGGACUACUGGAUCGACAAGUUCCCUGAGGAUUUUUGCAAGAUUGAACACCUGCCCAUUCUGACUCGGGUGAAGAACUAUUUGAUUGUGCAUAUGCCCUACUCAGACCUUCUGGUCCGUGUACACUAUCUCCAGGAAAAGUUGCUGUCACAAGUGGCCAGCGAUUCAGAGUCCAGCAAUGAGGAAGCCUCAGGCUCCACGGCCUCUUCCCCUUCUAGAGACACCAGCAGCACAUCUGUCUCCAUCCUUAGAUCCGAGGAGCUGUGCAUCCCCACAUCCAGAGCCCCAAAUCUGUUGACCAGCUGUGAUGAUGGUUACUCUGGAGACAGCAGCAGCCUGUGCACUGGAACCGGAGAGCAAACAAGCAACACAACGUCCUGUGACAAGUGUGCAGCUGGAGGCAGUUGUGGCAACAGCUACAUUUGCUACAUCACGAGUGUGUGAAGCUGUUGAUGUUGUACCUCUGGCCGUGAGGGCAGACACUGUGCCACUUUCAACAUCUUGCUUGGGCCGCAGUGGUCUGCCUCCCCAGGGAAUGGCCGGUCCACCCCUUCCUCCUCUGGUUGUCCCCAUGGAUCUACGCUGCCGACAGCACAGGUUCUGCUGUUUCCCCACAGAACGACUCCCUGAUUGCAACCCGGCAGCAUCACCAGCCCCACAGACUCACCCUCCCCUGGAUAGUAGCCUUUUUAGUAUUCUGUAUUCUGGUUCUUUUUAAUGUUGUGUUAGUUUAAUCAGAGUAUUGGUUUUAAUAAAUUGUUCUUGUUUGA